AUGGAGUUUAUUCAAAGCGUAUUAUCAUUAUUUGGUAAUGUUGCCAUCGUUGCAUUAAUGUUGAUAAUUGGAAUCUUGUUGUUAAUCUACUUCCUACAAAACUCAUUAAUCUAUAUGCCAGGUUUUAAUUUCUUACUAAUAUAUCAAGCAAUCUAAGGAUUAUCCCAAAGUCCUAGUUAGAAUAUGAAUGGACUCAGAAAUCCUUCUGAGAGAAAUCUAUAAUAUGAAGAUGUAGAGAUUGGAACCCUGGAUAGAUAAAAAUUAAAAGGAUGGCUCAUUAAAUAGAAUGACAGUUCAAAUGCACCUACAGUGAUUUUUUUUCACGAAAAUGCUGGAAGUAUUUUCAAAGUUAAUAUUCAUUUCAGAUAUUGGAACUAGAUUGCAAUUUUUAGAAUUAUAUUUUGACAAUGUGAGGUGCAAUAUAUUGAUCAUUGCAUAUAGAGGGUAUUCAGAUAGCACAGGAAAACCCUCGGAAUAGGGUCUUUAAUUAGAUGGAGAAGCUAUCGUUAAUUAUUUAUUUCAUAGAAAUGAUAUUGAUCACUCUAAAAUAUUUGUACAUGGCAAGUCUUUAGGUGGAGCAGUAGCCUGUCAUGCUAUGACUUAAAAUGUUGCAAAAGGCAUCAGAGGUGUUAUAUUAGAAAAUACUUUUACAUCAAUAGAUGAUAUGGUUGAUGUCGUCUUUCCUAAGUUGAAGCUCUUUAAAUCUUUACUUCUUAAAAAUCAUUGGUUGUCAAUUUAAAAAGUUGGUCAGAUUACAUAGCCAAUACUAUUUAUUUAUUGUAAUUUAUGUUGAUUAUUUGAUUUUAGCAAUGAGAGAUGAAAUCGUACCAGUGCAACAUAUGGCAUAAUUGCAAAAUGCAGCCUAAAGAGCCAAAUUUAUUGAAAAGGUUUUUAAUUCAUUAUAUUUAAAGUUUGUUAUCGAAGAUGGUGAUCAUAAUACGAAUUGGUCUAGAGAACCAGAAAAGUACUUUAAUUCAAUUUCAAGUUUCAUCAAUAAAGCAAUUAGAUCAUGAUUUUAUAUUAUAAAUU